AAAAUUUCAAAUUCAAGAAAAUAAUAUAACCUCUGCCUGUACAUUUCCCAGACUCCUUUGCACCUGGCUGUCAUCACCCAGCAACGGGAGGCUGUUGGAGCUCUGCUAUUGGCUGGCGCUGACCCCACUUUGACUGAUCGUCAUGGCAACACAGUGCUUCACCUGGCAGCCCAGCAGGAGGGGGGGAUGGUGGGGUUUUUACUCCAACACCAAAAAAUGAGAGGACUACUGGAACACACCAACACAGCAGGUAUACACACACUAACACAACAGGUAUACACACACCAACACAGCAGGUAUACACACACCAACACAGCAGGUAUACACACACCAACACAGCAGGUAUACACACACCACCACAGCAGGUAUACACACAUCAACACAGCAAGUAUACACACAUUAACACAACAGGUAUACACACACUAACACACACCAACACAGCAGGUAUACACACACCAACACAGCAAGUAUACACACACCAACACAGCAGGUAUACACACAUCAACACAGCAGGUAUACACACACUAACACACACCAACACAGCAGGUAUACACACACCAACACAGCAAGUAUACACACAUUAACACAACAGGUAUACACACACCAACACAGCAAGUAUACACACACCAACACAGCAGGUAUACACACAUCAACACAGCAGGUAUACACACAUCAACACAGCAGGUAUACACACACUAACACACACCAACACAGCAGGUAUACACACACCAACACAGCAAGUAUACACACACACCAACACAGCAGGUAUACACACACCAACACAGCAAGUAUACACACACUACCACAGCAGGUAUACACACACUAAUACAACAGGUAUACACAAACUAACACAACAGGUAUACACACAUCAACACAGCAGGAAUACACAUUUACACAAUAGGUAUACACACAUACCAACACAGCAAGUAUACACGCACCAACACAGCAGGUAUCGACCACUAACACAGCAGGUAUACACACAUCAACACAGCAGGUAUACACACACCAACACAGCAGGUAUACACACACUAACAUAGCAGGUAUACACACACCAACACAGCAGGUAUACACACAGUAACAGCAGGUAUCGACCACUAACACACAGCGACACAGCAAGUAUACAUACACAAUAACACAGCAGGUUUACACACACCAUCACAGCAGGUAUACACAAAAUAACACAGCAGGUAUACACACACACUAACACAACAGGUAUACACACAAUAACACAGCAGGCAAACAUACACUAACACAGCAGGUAUACACACAUCAACACAGCAGGUUCAUACACACACCAACACAGCAGGUAUACACAAAAUAACACAGCAGGUAUACACACACACUAACACAACAGGUAUACACACAAUAACACAGCAGGCAAACAUACACUAACACAGGUAUACAGGUAUACACACAUCAACACAGCAGGUUCAUACACACACCAACACAGCAGGUAUACACACCCUAACACAGCAGGUAAACACACACUAACACAGCAGGUAUACACACACUAACACACCCUUACAUAGCAGGUACAUACACACACCAACACAGCAGGUAUACACACCCUAACACAGCAGGUAAACACACAGGAACACAGCAGGUAUACACACAUCAAUACUGCAGGUACAUACACACACCAACACAGCAGGUAUACACACACCAACACAGUAGGUAUACACACACCAACACAGCAAGUACAUAUACACACCAACACAGCAGGUAUACACACACCAACACAGCAGGUAUACACACAUCAAUACUGCAGGUAUUCACACACCAACACAGCAUAUAUUCACCCACCAAUACACACACACACACACACACACACACACACACACACACACACACACACACCAACACAGCAGGUAUACACCCACCAAUACACACACACACACACACACACACACACACACACACCAACACAGCAGGUAUACACACACUAAUAUACACACACACCAACACAGCAGGAACACACAUACUCACACACUCUCUCUCAUACACACACACACUUAAGCUCAGGUUAGCUGACAGUUUACCUGGAGUCUGUUUACACGCUGUUUUCCCAUUUCCAUGGUAACAGGUCUGUGUGCGAUCCACGUGGCUGUUCUGGCCAAUCAGCUGUCUUCUCUCAGGGAACUUCUGGAGGGCGGGGUCAAUGUGGAUGCUCAGGAACGCAGUUGUGGGCGGACCGCCCUGCACCUCGCCACAGAGGCGGAGAACGUGUCUUUGGCGGGCUGCCUGCUGCUGGAGGUGACUCACCUGUAACUCACCUGUGAUAGGCCAGCUGAUCUUGUCCGGCUCUGUUUGGGUUCAGUCUGAGUGAACUGGUUCUGGUUCUGGUUCUGUCCUCAGGGGAAUGCCAAAGUGGACAGCUGCACCUUUAACGGCUCCACCCCUCUCCACAUUGCGGUGGGGCGGAGCUCCAUCAAGCUGACCGCCCUCCUGAUGGCGGCAGGUAAAAACACGUUAACCCCGUCUGACACCUGUGACAACAGAACCUUCCACCUUUUGACCUUUUGACCUCGAGCUUCUGUCUGGAUCUUUCCAGGUGCAGACCCUCACCGGGAGAACUUUGAGCCCCUCUUCUUCAGAGAGGAGGAAGAGGAGGAGCAGGAGGAGGAGGAGCAGGAGGAGGAUGAAGGCUACAUCCCAGGAACCACUCCCUUUAACAUGGCGCCCAACUCUCAGGUACAGUCUGGAUUUAAAGGGUUAAAAAAUGACCGUGUAUUGGUGUCUGAAAACUGGAGUACCUGUCUCUCUAAUGACCUGGAUUAUAAUAAUAACAAUAAUAAUAAUAAUAAUAACAAUAAUAAUAAUAAUAACAAUAAUAAUAAUAAUAAUAAUAACAACAACAACAAUAAUAAUAACAAUAAUAAUAAUAAUAACAAUAAUAAUAAUAAUAAUAAUAAUAAUAAUAAUAAUAAUAAAAAACAAUAAUAAUAAUAAUAAUAAUAAUAAUAAUAAUAACAAUAAUAAUAACAAUAAUAAUAAUAAUAAUAAUAAUAAUAAUAGUAAUAAUAACAAUAGCAAUAAUAUAAUGUAAAAAUAACACUGAUAAUUAUUAUAAUAAUAAUGAUAACUAUUACAAAAAACCAAAAUAAUAAUAAUAAAAUGUUAUUAAUAAUAGUAACAAUAAUAAUUACAAUUAUAAAAAAAUACUACUAUUUCUACUACUACGUCUUCUAAUAAUAAUAAUAAUAGAUAAAUAAUGAUAAUGAUAAUGUUAUAAUAAUAAUAAUAACAAUAAUUAUAACAAUAAUAAUUAUAAUAAUACUAAAAAUAAAGUUAAUAAUAAUAAUAAUAAUAAUAAAACUAAUAAAAAUUAUUGAUAAUAUAAAAAUAUUGAUAAUUAUCAUAAUAAUAUUGAUAAUUAUUUUAUAAAUAAUAAUAAAAUAAAAUAAAAUAAUAACAUGAUAUUAAUAAUAAUAAUAAUAAUAAUAAUGAUAAUAAUAAUGAUUAUUAUUCUAAUUAUUUCUAUAAUUAUUUAUAAAUAUAUAUAUAUAUAUAUAUAUUUCUGAUUAUUAUUGUUAUAAUAUAUAUUAUGUUUCAUGUUCAUCUGUCUGCAGGUGUUGGAGCUCCUGAAGGGUCAAGAGUACACACCUAAAGCUCCACAGAGAAACUUCAGCCCUCCUCCAGGUCAGAUGAUCACCUGAUGUUCUUUCUCCCCCACAAUAGAACCUAGAAGUCUUUACUGUCUUAAAGGUGUAACAGUGAAUUCUUUUGUCCCUGAGCAGCAGAAACACGUUCACUCACUCACUCACUCACUCACUCACUCACUCACUCACUCACUCACUCACUCACUCACUCACUCACUUUAUGUAGAAAAUCAACGUUUUCAAAGUCAGUAAGGACAAAAAAAAUCUGUUUUUAGGGGUUUAAAAGUUUUUAAGAGUCAGACAUCUGCAGAUCUGAUUAUUCUGAACAGACCCAGACUGGGUCAUCAGGUCUGGACUCACUAACAGUCUAGAGGGGCCUGAACAGAGACCAACUGACUCCUCACUCAGUUCUAGAUCUUCUAGGUUCUUUAUCUAACCCCCAAUUUUCACCACAUCCGGAACGGCUCCGAUUUUCGCCGUCCAGCAAUUCCUACCAGAUCUGUUUGUGAGGUGAAUAUUUACGGUGGAUUACAGACAGCUGUAAUCACGAGAACUCACAAGAACCCACAGAUUCAUGUUCAAUCACUCGAUAACGAGUCGUCUCUCUAAAGACAGACACAUAGACAUAUAAGCAGUAGAUUGUGUCCUUCCAGAGGAGGAAAUCUACUUCUAGACUUCUAGAAUCAGCAUCUCCUCAUCCAUGGUGUCAUCGGGGUGAAAUGACGUCUAAAAACCUUUCACUUGUUCGUCUCCGCCCGUUUGCAUGGUGUGAAAUACGAUCCUCCUGAAACACGGAGUGUUUUAUUUUGAAAAGAAGCCGGAUGUUUUAUUUUGUGUCUGUGCCCGACUUCCUUUCCAGCACGGGUUAAUCUGUGCUGAAUUUAUCCGCCAUGCUCCGGCGUCCAGAAAAAAUAGAACUCUUGUGAUCAGCUGAGGAGUCCGGCGAUCCGCAGAGGAACGGAAAGAAGUCGGUGUAAAUUGACACGUUAACUUGAAUGGUUACGAUCAGCUACGAUCGGAGGAUACGACCUUUUAGGAGACGAUCAGGAUGAAGGUGGAGGUCGGGGGUCAGAGAGAUUUCAGACUGUGUCUGUGUGUGUGUGUGUGUGUGUGUGUGUGUGUGUGUGUGUCUGUAGGGGACCUGUGCAGUCUGGAUCUGGUCCUGAAGCAGCAGGUGUGUCUUUCUCUGGAGAGUGAAGGAUGCUGGGAAAGUCUGGCUCACAGUCUGGGUCUGGGGAUCCUGAACACGGCCUUCAGACUGAGUCCUUCUCCUGUCAAGACUCUGCUGGACAGUUACGAGGUACACACACACACACACACACACACACACAGACUGUGACCUUUGACCCCCGCUCGGAUUGGUGGAGGCACUCAGACUGGUUUCUGUCCUGCAGGUCUCAGGGGGGACGGUCCAGGACCUGCUGGCUGGUCUGAGGUCACUCGGGGACAGCAAAGCCCUGAGGAUCCUGGAGGGGGCGCUUGGUCACCGUGACGACCUGAAGACACGCCAGUCUGUGAACCCUCAAGUCCAGGACCUGAAGGGGGACGCUCGUAUCGACAGUGGGGUGUGUGACAGUGGGGUGGAGCUCUCUACGGCGUGAUGACAUCAUCCACCGACGCCAGCUGAGGUCAUCAGAGGGAGAUGAUUUUAUCAUCCUCAUCACCAUCAUCAUCAUCAUCAUCAUCAUCACCAUCAUCAUCACCAUCAUCAUCAUCAUCAUCAUCAUCAUCACCACCAUCAUCCUCAUCACCAUCAUCAUCAUCAUCAUCAUCAUCACCAUCAUCAUCACCAUCAUCAUCAUCAUCAUCAUCAUCAUCAUCACCAUCAUCACCACCAUCAUCAUCAUCAUCAUCAUCACCAUCAUCACCACCAUCAUCCUCAUCACCAUCAUCAUCAUCAUCACCAUCAUCACCACCAUCAUCCUCAUCACCAUCAUCAUCAUCAUCAUCAUCAUCACCAUCAUCAUCCCUCCAUCAUCAUCCUCAUCCUCAUCAUCAUCCUCAUCUUCACCAUCAUCAUCAUCAUCAUCAUCAUCAUCUUCACCAUCCUCAUCAUCUUCACCAUCAUCAUCAUCAUCCCUCCAUUUUUAUCACCAUUCUCCUCCUCCUCCUCCUCCUCCUCCUCCUCCUCCUCCUCCUCCUCACCAUCUUCCCUCCCUGUGGUUCUCCUCCUGUCUGGUUCUGAAGGUUCUCAGUCUCCGGUCCUCGGUCCAGUGUUGAUCAGCUGUUGGUCUCUAAUUGGUCCUUCAGUCCUCUCAGCUGUUUGUUUUGAGGUCAUUCAGGGUCAAACAGACUGAAGUAGUUCUUUAAAUCUGGAUCCGUUCAGUCCGGUCCCAAAGAGAGGAGAUGAUCUUCAUCAGGUUCCUCUGCUCCUCUUCACACUGAGGGAAUAUUUCCAUCAUGAAUUCUUUUCUAAGGUUACGAAUUUGACAAAUUAGAGGCGGGACUUUCAUGACCAUGGUAGGCAGACAGGAUGUUAGCACUGAGGCUAAAGACCUCCUCCAUCUCAUCUCCUCACAAAGUUGGGUUGGGUUUCGUCCAAUCAGAGCACAGAUCACUCCGACAGCCUAAAGUGUAAACAAACCAAAUGUCUCCUGAGACUGACGCGCUGCUCUGCAGACCGUGGGCUUCACCCGUGUUUCUGAGCCCAGAGUAGAACUUGUUUGGCUGACGGGAUAGAAAAGGACAGAGUGAGGCUCUGUGCAGGAGAGGAUCUCUGAAUCUGGCUCUGAAACUGCGUGAGCAGCAGAUCAACAAACAGUGUCUCCAAAGUCCAAACUUGGGCAGCACCUCUGAUCAUGGUUUCAUUGGUGGUUGAGGUUGAACCCUCUUCAGAUGUGUGUUUAGAGGCUGCUGAAUGAAAGGAUGAAUGAAAGGUGAAUGGGUUUGUAGCAGACCCCAGGGGUCUGCAGGGGAAGGUGCUAAAAUACCAAAAUGAUUGUAAAGCAGCUGAAACGGCCGUCAGGAUCGCUUCAUGUUUGUCUCAAGUCACUUUUGUCUUUUAACCGUGUCAAAAACAGUCGAGGAUUAUUGUGUUCAGGAGAGACAAAAUGUGAAAGUGUCCUUUAAAGUCUGCAUGCUGACAGCUUUUUCUGUCUGUUUAGAGUUUUUCAUGUUUAGGAACGUUUAUUUCCUGUCUGUCUUUCUCCAAACCUGAUACACAGCAAAGAAAAAAGAGAAAAUGAUUUUGGAGGCAUUGUGGAGAAAAGAACCACCUGAUGAUAUUUCUAUCUCUGCUGCUCUGUACAGGUCAGCUUUCCAUCGUUCAGACUUCCUUUUUUAAAUAAAGUGGUUUUUAUAUUUAA